AUCAAAAGAAGAGGUUGACAUGGUUACAUAUAUCAUCAAAAUUUGGUUGGUAAUUACAGGUUUUGAUAUUAUUGUAGCAGAAGAAUGCCAAAGCAAAGACUAUGGAAACGGAGGAACCGUCUGCGUGUGCAGUGCAAGCAGUUGUGACUUCAUACCACCCGUCGAAAGAGUUGACUCUCCAAAUUGCGUAAUAUAUACAUCUAACAAAGCCGGGUUGCGUUUUAGCAAGAGUGAAGGUACGUUCAAAAACAUUACUAGUAAUGCUUGGAAUCCAAUUUUUGUUGAUCGGAGUAGGACAUAUCAAACUAUUAUUGGAUUUGGUGGAGCCAUGACAGAUGCUGCUGGGAUUAAUAUUAAAAGCUUAAGUGGGGAAGCACAACAAAAUUUAAUGAAUCUUUUUAGAUCAUAUUUUGGUCCAGAUAGCAUUGAAUAUACUAUGCUAAGAGUUCCAAUGGGAGCGUCCGAUUUUUCCGAACGGUUAUACACUUAUGACGAUUCAAAUAGUCCAGAUCCAGAAUUAAAAGAAUUUAAAUUAGAGAAAGAGGAUUUUGACUAUAAGAUUCCUUACUUACAACAAGCCAUGGAACUAUCCGGCGGCAAACUGAAAUUAUUGGCUUCACCUUGGACCUGUCCUAAAUGGAUGAAAUUUAUACCUAGCUUUGUCACCAUGCUUGGAAUAAUAAGAGAGGAUAUGCUACAACCGUGGGCUAACUACUACAUAAAGUUUUUGGAAUCAUAUAAAGAAAAUAAACUGGAAUUUUGGGGAAUAACUACAGGGAAUGAACCUUCUGUAGGACUUAGCCCGAUUCCGCUACCUUCGAUUGGCUUCACAUCCGGGGGUUUGUCAAAAUGGGUAGCAAAUAAUUUGGGACCUACAAUACGAGAUUCUAAUUAUUCAAAUAUUAAAAUUGUAACCUUAGAUGACCAAAGGAUAUUUUUACCUAUGUUCAUAGAUGACAUGCUUGCAAAUCCCGCAACCAGGCAGUAUGUCGAUGGUAUAGGAGUUCAUUGGUAUUUUGAUAAAUUUAUUCCAUCAGCAGUCUUGGAUAUAACACAUGACCAUCAUCCUGACAAAUUUUUAAUAGGCACAGAGGCUUGUCGAGGUGAACUACCAUGGGAACCGAAAGUCGUGUUAGGCUCUUGGGAAAGAGGAGAAGAUUAUGCUAAGGGCAUCGUUGAGGAUCUAAGACACUGGUUUGUUGGCUGGCUUGAUUGGAACAUAGCUUUAAACCUUAAAGGAGGACCCAACAUUGUAAACAACUUUGUUGAUUCGCCUAUACUGGUCAAUGCAACAGCAGAUGAAUUUUAUAAACAACCGAUGUUCUAUGCGAUGGGUCACUUCUCUAAAUUUAUUCCCCAAGACUCGGUGAGAAUAGAAGUAUCGUAUUUUGAUCCCUUAGUACUUACAGUAGCUUUCAGGAGACCAGAUGACGGAAUCUUAGUUAAUAUUAUUAAUCUGAGAAACGAUGACCUGGACGUAGCAUUAGUUGACAGGAGAAUAGGACAACUGGACCUUCGCUUGACUCGUCGUUCUUUUACUUCGAUACUUUAUUGGUGAUUUUAAUUUGUACAAAUUUUAGACUGAUUUUUUGAAUUAAUAAAACAAUUUUUC